ACCUUUUGGUAUUGAGCCAUAGCAACGAAAAUAUACGGAACCGAGAUGUGGAGUAGAAAUGUGAACAAACAACCCUCAAAGACAGUGUAAAGAUUCGCUCUACAAGCUCAAGGAAACAAACUAGCCAUUAUGUCGACCAAGGUGGGGAAACUACCGUACGAUGAGCCUCCGAUGUACCUCCAGCGACCGUCCUCGGGGCGAUCUCAAGACGUGACCCACGUCUUAGCGAGGACCUUCCGGGAUAUCUUCACGAGGGACCUGGUUGAACAGGAGACCGUGAAGAAUCUCAACAAGUCACGCAGCGGAGACGAUUCCUACCAUGAGAAGUACGUGGAGGAACUGAGGAAGGUCCAAGCAGAGCGUGAGAGGCGGAUGGCUGAGGCAGCCAUGUUGGAACGUCACAUCAUGCAAGCCCGGGCGAAAGCCAUGGCGGAAGAUGAGAAGAUUCUGAACCAAGUGGCAGAGGGUUGCGAUAUCUAUCAUGACCUUGGUCUACCGCCAGUUAAAUCCAAUCUGAAUGGAUGUUUGGACAGUGAUUUGUUACGGAGCCAUGGUCUCAUUGUACCGGAAGAUUUCAGUACCGCCGAGCCACCCCUCACCCACGCCCCUCAGGCUGGUAUAAUGCCUCACUAUGCUGAAGCCACACAGACAUCAACCAAGCACACAGAGGGAGGGGAGAAGGGACACGCCCAUGAUGCGACGGAUCAUGGUCAUCGUCCUCCCAAGAAAAGAUCCGGGAAGAAUGAUUCCAAGAACAAGUGGAGAGAGAUGACGUCACCGCAGACGAGGGAGAGGAAUCGCAAAGACAUGGCGAUGGUAUUCAGCAAGUCCAACUUCCUGCGCAACCCCCGUCAUCGACCUCCGUCGUCCCUAGGUGGGGGUCGGACGCUGGUCAAUCCUAACACCGUCACUCACAAGCUGGGAGGGGCUAAGUCUACUGUGAUAGAUGUAGGGAAAAAAGAGUCUUCAGUCGUUUUUGUACCCUCGCCAUCUACCAUUGUCUUCAGCAACUAUAAAGUGGGUCAAGUCUACGAGAUGACCCUUGACCUAAAGAACGUGUCCGCAGCAAGUCGUCCACUCCGAGUCCUCCCUCCAAAGACGGAGUACUUUGCUGUAGGUCUAGGUAAAUUUCCCGGUGAGGAAGGCAUCGUCGCUCCAGGAAUGAGCUGUCAGUAUAACAUCCGUUUCAUGCCGGAUGCUUUGAUGGACUUUGAAGACGAGCUGACGGUCAGUACCCAAUCCAGUCAACCGAUCACGGUCAAGCUCUUGGGUCGCAGGCCACCCCCACUUCUUACACUAUCACCUGUCGUGGAUUGUGGUCAUUGUCUUGUUGAUGGCACCUCAAACACGGAGUUCUUGGUCAAGAACCUCGGCGGCAGCGGACGCUUCUGUGUUAUGCCAAAGAAGUGCUGGCCUGCCACCAAUUUUUCGUCUGUUGCUACGGGAGACCGAGUAAACCUUACACCAUUCCAGCUUUAUCCUGCCGUCUUCGAGAUCAUGGAAGGGCAUGCCAUACCACUCCAGGUAUCAUUUAAGCCUACAGACUCCCAGGUCUAUGAAGAAGAAAUCACAAUCGUCUGUGAUAAUUGCACCGUCAAACACUUUACUCUCAAAGGUGAGGGUCAGAGAGCCAGGGUACAGCUAGAAUCGGCAUCGGGUAGCGAGACCAAUCCUACCCCGGGUGAACUGGUCGAUGUCACAGCUAAGAACCAUAUCACCUUCGAAGACAUCAACCCGAUGACCUACGUCACCGAGGAACUCACCAUUAGGAAUCUCACAAAUGUGGAGUUGCCGUUCCACUGGCAGCUUGUGCGUUCCUCACCAGAAUGUCGGGACCCCUUCAAAGAGGCUAAGAGAGACAGGCAGCAGAUCUCAAGGGUAGCCGAUGAGAGGAAUAUAUUCUGUAUUAACAUGGAGAAAGGAGUUUUACCACCCUCUGGCACUGCUGUCACCAGUGUUGCUUUUGCUCCGCCAAAGGUGGGGCAGUUUGAGAGCGUGCUCCAGCUUGUCCUGAAGAACAUCCCUCGCCCUGUAAUCCACAAGGUCAAAUCACCCCCCUCCUCGUCACCACCGGACGACACCUCCAAGCAACCUCCCGUCUGCUCCACGCCCCGCCCCAACAGCCAUACAACCUCCCAGGCCUUCAUUACACAGAGCAGUGAUGAUGAUAGAGGCGAUGACAGCGAUGGCAAAAGUGGCAGCGGGAGUGGUGAUGGUAGUGGUAGUGGUGGUGGCAGCGGUGGGAUGAAGGAUGGUGGUGUAGGGGAGCAUGCAGAGGAAGGCGACAGUCUUGGUCUAGAGGUGGAACUCAAGGGCUUGUGCAAGGAGUACGAGGUCCUGGUCCAGCCCUAUGCCAUCUUCCUCCCCGGUCAGGUUCUCCAGUCAACGGCAACUCGCAGAAAGUUUACGAUGUUGAACUACAGCAAGUUUCCAGUCGUGUUCCACUGGACCUCAUUGAAGGACAGUCACAUCAUCGAGGUCCAGACCCCGGAGGGUCAGAUACCGCCCGAGAGCUCGGUAGAACUCGAGAUGACCAUCAUAGGCGGUCAUCCUGGACACAUUGACUAUACCUUACACUGCCAGAUUGACCACCAGGAAUCGACUGUACCGCUCAGGGUGGUGGCUGAUGUCAAGGGUCCUGAGGUCUCGAUCGAGACGCCCUCACUUGACUUUGGAUUGGUACGCCUGGGUCAGACGGUAAAGAAGCAGUUCUAUCUGACCAACGAGAGUCAGUUCCCUGCUAAUUGGAAUCUGAAAGAGAGUGCAGAAUUCCUGCUUAAAGAUCAACAGUCUGGUCAGCUGCACUCUUCCUUCUGUAUAUUUCAGGAUAUUUCCGAGUUCACCAUCACACCCAGCAGUGGAGAGCUAGGCCCUCUCUUGUCUGUUCUGGUAGAGGUUGUCCUUACUCCGGCCCGCCAUCGUCAGAUAGACUCUGUCAUUGAGCUGACUGUAGAGGGCGGCAAAACUGGGUAUGUUGGUGUGUAUGGUGAGGUCCAGAGCCCUCAGGUCUGUGUCCUGGAGAGUACCCUUGAGCUACCUGAGAUCUAUCAAGGAAUUCCUGUCACUCACACCGUACAGCUCUUCAACCAGACCAUGCUACCGGCAUCGUACCAAUGGCAACAGCCCAAAGGGAAGCAGUCAUCAACUUGUUCAUUGACCUUUGACCCGGAGCAAGGCAUUCUGGGACCACAUGAACAGCUUCCUGUGUCGGUGACAAUUGUAGCCAAAGAACAGGGCCCAUUGUCUGAUGUAUGGAUACCUUGUUUGGUCAGCGGAAUGGUCAAGCCUAUAUUCCUAGCUUUGUCGGGUGAUGUCCAGGGACUAAGGGUGACCUACAGGACACCCGACAUCAGACCAUCUACUGUGAUGGAUACGGAAGACAGGCUUCCGGAACCUUGUAACGACGAUGCUCCGCUUGCCUUGGACUUUGGCGACGAUGUGGAACUGGCGACCACGCCCAAGAGAUUGGUCUACCUGACCAACCACACAGCCAUCCCGGCUCCGUUCUCACUCACCGUGGAUAGAUAUACUGCAGGGAAACCCCCUACUCCGCCUCAGACGGAUAGACCCACUGCUGACAGUCCCAGGAGGCAUGGUGCAUUACUGAGCAGGACGGCCAACCUGGCAGACCCCAGGAGCAAGUCCCUGGCUCAGAGCCAAUCAGACUGUAUGAAGGCUAUACUGAGAGAGGACCAAGGAACAGCAUUCCUGGUCCAGCCCUGCUCAGGGGUCCUGGAACCAUUUGCCACCCUAGAGGUGGCCGUGACGGCUUAUAGUGAUAUGUGGGGCAACUACACCGACCAGCUGACAUGCAGGGUAUCCGACUUAGAGCCAGUCUGUAUUCCGGUCAGUAUGGGAGUGACCGGUUGCCCCCUCAAGUUUCAGAUGGCCACCAUCAAGGGUCAGAUUCCGUUCGUCAGGUUCGGAACCCACGUCUGUGGCGUGCCACCCAUCAACAGGCCACUCAAGAUAAUGAACAACAGCCCCUAUGGAAUGCGCAUCGACUGGAGGCUCUUCAACCUGAUGGAAGAUGACCGCAAGUUGAUUGACCUCCAGGUCAUCUACGGUGAUCCCUUCCCCAUCCUUGACCCCAGCGGUGCCGAGGUCGUCCCUGAGGACGACGAUGUCAUCGAUGGCAUGCGGCAGAGCGAUGAGAGAUGUGACGGCGACCCUGAGACCGGGGAAGAGGCUGAUUGCGGUCGUGACGGGCUGCUGUCCAAGAUAGCCGAUGAUCUAGAAGCGUGUGAGAAGGAUAAGACCAAGGUUCUAAGUGUCUUGAUGAGAGAGCAUGAAGGCGUUCCUGCUGAUGGCCCAUUCAGUAUUGACAAGAAACAAAUGGUGAUUCCCGGCCGCGGGACGGCAAACAUCGUGGCCAGCUUCUCUCCUGAGGUCUGUCAUCUUCCGAGCCAGGAGUCCUCUGACUGCGUCGGCUAUGCCUUGGGAUACCUUAGCCUUGAUGAACCCGAGCUCCUCAACCAGCCCGGUUCGGUGACCCGAGGUCAAGCGUUCCAGGUGCCUCCGCUACGACUGGAUUUCACAGCUUACAUCAAGACUGCCUUUGUCACCGUAGAGACCCCCGACGAGGAGGGCCUCACCUACCACACCGCCGCAAGCAAGCUCCUGGACCUAGACCCGCCCAUCCCACCCACCCCGACCCUCCACGACCGCCCAGCCGUCCGCUCCACGGCCCUCCAUGCAUGCCACCUGACCAGCUUGACCGCCACCCUGACCAACAAUACCCAGACUCCCCUAUCCUUCCAGGCCGUCACCCCGCUGCCCUUCCUGCUGCAGCGGGUGGACCCGGUUACCAAGAAGACCAAGAAGGGGACGGUCGUCAAUGUAAGGUCAGAGGUCACGGAAGCAGGAAAGCUGUAUUCACUUCCAACGCAACAUAACAUGCAGAUCAAGCUUGCAUUCCAGCUGGACCUGGGUUUAAUCAUGAACAACCUCGAGCAGCUUCUUCUCAACGAGACCAAAGAGGGCGUCCUGCUGACAUGCGAGGACAGAGGACGUAAGCUGCACAUCCGCAAAGAUCUUCAGCUCUGCUACACCAAUAGCACCGUCCAGAAACUGCCUCUGUAUGCUGUUAUAGUCCUGCCGUCUAUUGAGCUGACCCCCAUGGUGCUGGACUUUGGGGUCUGUCUUGUCGGUCAAGAGAGAAGCUUGGAAGUGACCAUCAGCAACAGGACGGCCUCGGGAUCCUACUGGACAGUCUCAUACGAUUCCCAGAAGACCACGUCAGACAAUGUGUUUGAAGUCUCACCCCCUGCCGGGUACCUGGAACCACACGUCACUCACGUCUCCAACAGCAAGACCAUUCUCACUGUCUACUUUACACCACCGCACAAUAUAUCCUACGCUGGUACAUUUGUCUUCAGGGGUCUCCUGGGGGAGGAAACUAGGUACCUACAGGUCAAGGGUCAAGGCUCAUAUGACAGCCGACAGGAAGCCUUGGUCAACCAAUGAUGAUGAUGCUUGCACAUCCGGCCAGCUUGCAGUGGAUAUUAAAUAUAAAGUUUAGUUUUUGCAUCCUGUAACACAAAGAUUAGCAAUUGAUCAUAUUAUUGAUUGCAAUGAUGGAUUGUACAUUGUGGUCAAUGUAACCAAUUGUUCACAUGUGACUUAUGAUCAACGGCUGUGGCUUGUGAUACAGGGACCUAGUGAUAAUUUUGGAUUCUGAAAGAUACUUCCUCAAAAUGUCUGGGAAAUGAUUUUUAUGAUGCACCUCAGAACCAGUGUUUUCUCUGAUUUAUCAAAAUCACCCAAAUGUAAUAACUUGAAGCAAAUCUGUUGUGAGUCACACGCUCUGUAUACAGUAACUAUUUGGGGGAUCACAUACAAAAUUACCAUCCUCCUAUUCCAGCAAAAUUCUUUUAUCAUAAUUUUAAUUGUCAGCAUGGAGAUGUGAACACAGGAGUGAGUUUGUGCAUCAACUCCCAGAUGAGCCAACAUUUUUGCAGUGUUGUUCCUGAUUAUCCCACAUUGAAUAACUGACAGGAUGGGUGGCCCGAUGUCUAGACUAUUAAACUGAUAAAAACAUCAUCUUUUGCCCUGGAUUUCUCACAAUUCAUGCAUUAAACAGCAAAAAUAUUUGAGUAUAUGUGCUUUGUGAUAAAUUGUCUGAUACUUCUUUCUAUCAAUCAAUGAAAUAUUGAUCGCUUAGGUCCAGAAAUUCCUGUCUUGUCCAGACAAACAACCUGUCCUGGGCCCUGUCUUACAAAGAGUUACGAUUGUUCCGAUCAAUCGCAACUAUGGACGGCCAGCAACGUCAACAUGUAUUAUUCAUGUUUGUUCAAAAUAUUUCCUAACUAUGAGGUAUAUUCAUGCAUUCAUUGUUAUCUUGAAAAUUCACUGUGCUUCUCUUUGUUUACAAAGGACAUUGUGCAAAUUUCCGAUAGAAAAAAUUAUGACACUGAUGGAUUUCCAUAGAGUUAUGACUGAUUGGUUCAACUGUAACUCUUUGUAAGACAGGGCCCUGAUAUACAACACUAGGGUAUACUUCACAUGCUCAGGGCCAUAGAAUUCCGACCCCCAAGGUGAUCUGGGGGAUUAUCAUAAGGUUUGUGCUGGGCAAGAACUCACUCCUGUGUAUUUACCUUUAUUGUGUGAGGGUAUUUGAGGAGCAAUCGUGUGAAGUGGAAAAACUGUUCAACUGAUAUUCUCCCUUCAAUAAAACAUCAUCAAAAGAAUAUAAUAUGAAAACUAAAGAUAACAGGUUAAAAUUCAAUAAUCGUUUUCUUCGUUUGCCAGAAUGUCUUUUUAAAUCUUUAGGUAAAGACGAGAAAGAGAAUACAAAUUAAGUACUGGAAAUAAGUAAUAAAAUAUGUACUACAAUUUAUUUUCAUCUUCCGAUCCCUCAACAAGACAUUUCUUUAACCCUUAAAUAAGUGAGAAAUAGAGAAUAAAAAUUGAUUUCUGGAAAUGAGUAAUGAAUAUAUUUAUGCAAACAUGAUUGACAAAAAAAACCUUACUAAUUACUCUCAAGUCCAUAUAAUAUCUUGCCUGAGGUGUAACACCGGAGAAGCAUUGUACCAUAUUUCAUUUAAGGGAUUAUAUCCCCUCAUCAAAUUUUAUUUUGCAUGAAUUUGCACAAUUAUUUGAUAAUGCUUAAAUAUUUGUCGGUUUUGAAUAGUAGCUGGCCAGUGAUCACAUACAUUUUUCUUCAUAGAUCUGAAAGAGGGGGCCACCACCCCCCCCCCUUAUCAAGCAGUCUGCUAGAUGCAAACUUUACAAUUUCAUUCAGAAUGCAAGAAAAAUAUUUUGUAUAUAUUCAUGAAAAUCAUCACUUUCUAGGUGAAAUUAUAAGUGACAUUGUAAUUAGCUAAUCUUUGCUGUAAUGCAUAGAAGAUUUGAUUUGUUUCUUUUAUAUACAUGUAUAUAUGUAGAUUUUUUGUAUUGGAAUGUAAAUAUUGGAUUAUCAUCGUUUUAUUUAUGAACGUGCGUGUAUAGAUAUAUCUUUGUAAAUAGUUGUAAAUAAGAUUUAUGAAAU